AUGUCAGACCCAAAAAACCCAAACAUCAAGACCCGAACCACUCCGCAAUGGUCACUCUACCGGCGUGACGCCUUUUGGAACACCAAUAAUGGCGAAUAUCCUCUUUUCAACACAGAUCCAGCCGAAAUCGAAAAACUGGCAAAGGAGAAGCUCUCGCUCGCGGGAUGGUACUACUCCUCAUGCAAUGCAGGCCUUUCCUGGACACACCUGGCCAACCGUCAGGCAUUCUACCGUCACCGAAUCAUCCCACGAACCCUAGUGGACACGAACAUCAGAGACACGGCUACCGAGAUCUUCGGACACAAGGUGUCUGCCCCAUUGGGAUUCGCACCGAUCGGGAUAAACAGAAUCUACCAUCCAACAGGCGAACUAUCGGUCGCGAAAGUCGCCGAGGAGCUGAACCUCCCAUACUGUCUUUCUUCCGCUGGCAGCUACAGCAUCGAAGACGUGGGAAAGGCCAACGGCAACGGUCCACGAUUUUUCCAGCUUUACCAAAGUCAUGAUGACGAGCAGUGUAUCUCUAUGCUACAGCGCGCCUGGGACUCGGGAUUCGAUGCUUGCAUGUUGACUACUGAUACUUGGUCGUUGGGGUGGCGACACAAUGACGUUUUCACCGGGAACUAUGCCUUUUAUCACGACCACGGGGCUGGAGACAUUGCUUUGAAUGAUCCGGUAUUUCUGAAACGGCUGGAAGAAGCCGGGAUUGACCCGAAGAAAAAUCCCAAGGAGGCUGGUGCCAAAUGGAUUGAUGAGAAUAUUUGGCAUGGUCGCGCUCAUACUUGGGAGAAGGUCAAGUGGACGAUGCAGCAAUGGAAGCGCAUUAGUGGCGGGAGACCGUUCUGUCUGAAGGGAAUUCAAAGCGUGGAAGCUGCUCAGAAAUGUGUUGAGAUGGGAAUUGACGGAAUCGUUGUGACGAACCAUGCCGGCCGCCAGGUAGAUGGUGCUAUCGCUAGCCUCGAUGCUCUGGAGAAAAUCGUCGAUGCUGUAGGCGACAAGAUAUACAUUAUGUUCGACUCGGGCGUACGAAGUGCUGCCGACAUUUUCAAAGCCAUUGCGCUGGGUGCCAAAUUUGUCUUUAUCGGACGCAUGUGGAUUUGGGGACUUAGCAUAGCUGGUGAGCAUGGUGUUCGCCAUGUUUUGAAGAGUUUGCUGGCAGAGUUUGAUAUUUUGAUGGAGGAGGCUGGAUUCCAAUCUAUCGACCAGAUAAACCGCUCUGCUAUAGACAGCCUGCCGAACACUUCGAACUUGAUUGCCGAGCGUUCCGAAAUCUAG